AAACCACUGCUCUGAUCUUCUGUAAUUGAACCUUUUUCCAUCACUGUUUCCCUUUCUGAGAAGGCUUAGAUUGAGCUCUCCACUUUCUAAGCUGCAGCUGCAGGUUACACUUCUAGAUAAUCCCGGGAAUCAACCAUGAAUGCACUAGCGGCUACCAACAGAAACUUCAAGCUUGCUGCUAGGCUUCUGGGUCUCGACUCGAAGCUCGAAAAGAGCUUGCUCAUUCCAUUUAGAGAAAUCAAGGUUGAGUGUACCAUACCCAAAGAUGAUGGCUCCUUGGCAUCCUUUGUUGGAUUCAGGGUGCAGCAUGACAAUGCAAGAGGACCCAUGAAGGGAGGGAUUAGAUAUCACCCGGAGGUUGAUCCUGAUGAGGUAAAUGCUUUAGCACAAUUGAUGACAUGGAAGACAGCAGUUGCAAAUAUACCCUAUGGUGGAGCCAAGGGAGGGAUAGGAUGUGAUCCUGGGGAACUAAGCAUCUCAGAGCUGGAGCGCCUUACACGAGUUUUCACUCAAAAGAUACACGAUCUUGUUGGUGUCCACACCGAUGUUCCAGCACCCGAUAUGGGGACAGGUCCACAGACAAUGGCGUGGAUACUAGAUGAGUAUUCUAAGUUCCAUGGCUACUCACCAGCAGUCGUAACGGGGAAGCCAAUUGAUCUGGGUGGGUCUUUGGGCAGAGAUGCAGCAACGGGGCGAGGCGUGUUGUACGCAACAGAGGCCCUACUAAAUGAGCAUGGAAAGAGCAUAUCUGGUCAAAGAUUUGUCAUUCAGGGUUUUGGCAAUGUGGGAUCAUGGGCAGCCCGACUGAUCAGUGAAAAUGGGGGGAAGAUUGUAGCAAUAAGUGAUGUAACAGGAGCCAUAAAGAAUAGCAAUGGAAUAGAUAUUCUGAGCUUAGUAAAGCAUGCAAAUGAACACAGAGGAGUAAAAGGUUUCGAAGGGGCGAAUCCAAUUGAUCCCAAAUCUAUUUUGGUUGAGGACUGUGACAUACUAAUACCAGCAGCCCUCGGAGGCGUCAUCAACAAGGAAAAUGCUAAUGAAAUCAAAGCCAAGUUCAUAAUUGAAGCAGCCAACCACCCAACAGACCCAGAGGCUGACGAGAUCUUGUCAAAAAAAGGAGUUGUUAUUCUCCCAGAUAUUUAUGCAAAUUCAGGAGGAGUUACAGUUAGCUACUUUGAAUGGGUUCAGAACAUCCAAGGUUUCAUGUGGGAGGAAGAAAAGGUAAACAAUGAGCUGAAGACUUACAUGACAAAGGGCUUCAAAGAUGUGAAGGAGAUGUGCAGAACCCACAAUUGUGAUCUCCGCAUGGGAGCUUUUACACUCGGUGUCAACCGUGUCGCCAGGGCCACUGUGCUUAGGGGUUGGGAAGCCUGAGAAGCUGCUUCUCUCAAGCUCUAAAUAAAAGGGAGGUGCUGCACUCCCUCGCCCCAAUGGCGCUUCCUUUCCUGUCAUAUUCUGCAUACAACACCCUUUAUUUCAUAGGAUUAGUUGUUUUUAUUGCACAAGCAUGCAAGGAUUGUCAUUUCUGCCCUAUAAAACGCCAGAUUGGUGGCGUAGUUUUGCUUCCUUUUAAUACCUAUUAAUAGAUCUGUGGAUUGAGUCUGGAUAAGAGAAGGGUUGCCCUCUAAAGCUUCUAGGGCUUCAGCCA